GAACUGAAAAUUUAAAAAUCAAAGUUCAACCAGAAGUGGUAGAGUAGAGGUUGAGCUUGAUCGAAUCAGACAAGGCAUUCAUUCAACCUUAGCAAAAAGGGUGAGGUCAUUCUUGCCAAGUCAUUCUCCUUAUCCGACCGCAUCACCACGAUUACGAUUACGAUUUCGAUAUCGAUAUUGAGUAUACGGAGAAAAUCGGCUGUAUUUUAACUUCACUUUAUUUUUGACUUUUUACUCCUUUUCAUUCUCCUUUUCAUUCUUCUUUCCAUUUCCCAUUUUCUGAUUUUUGAUGUUCCGUUGUUCAUGGUUGAUUGAUGCGAUUAUUUAAAAUUCUCUACAGCUACAUCUCGGUUGAACCCUUCACAUGCUUCACAUGCAUAUGAUGAAUUGUAAUCUUGUAACCGCGAGUUUGAAGGGGACGACGGCUUUGCGUGCUGGGAGAUAUGGAGUUGGAGGUUCUACGUUUGGAUUAUUUGGGACAUGUGAGAGGGUGACAGGUGCGGGCGCUGGCUUGGGAAGUGGUAGGAGAUUUAUAUCGACACGUGAAUUGGAUGCUUCGAAAGGCGGUUCGUGUCUUAUCUUUCCUUUCUUUCCCCCAAAUAUAUAUACACAUUGCACAUAUUCUCCUCCUCCAAUAUUACCUCACCCCCUAAUCACUUUCAAUUCCAAUUCCAUUUCCUCCCACACAUUUCACUCUAACGAACGCAACAAUCCCAGAUCGAGAAAGAAUACUCAUCCUCGGCUCGGGAUGGUCGGGUUUUACACUUUCAAGACAAUUGGAUCCGAAGAAAUAUCAGACGGUUGUUAUCUCCCCACGAUCGUAUUUUGUUUUUACGCCGCUUUUGGCGAGUACGGCGGUGGGGACGUUGGAGUUUAGGAGUGCGCUUGAGUGAGUAUUUGUUUCCUUUCUGGGGUGAGUUGGUCGAGGCUGGGUGGUGUAUUUACUUGGGGAUUUGUUGGGGAAUUUGGGGAUUCGGGAUUUGAGGGGGAAAGAGAAUAGAAGGGGGUAUAGAAGGGCAGGGGAUGACUAGAAAGAAGAUUGAAUGAGAAGAUGAAGGAGGUGUCGGGUUUUGGUUUCAUGUUCUUCCUGAGGGUCUGGGUUUGGUUUAUUGUAUAAUUGCUGACAUAAUAACACAUAGGAGCGUAAGAGGAAGAGGAAGAUGGAGAGGAUGGGGUUUAGUUGGAGGUGGAUGGGGUGGCUGGGGAGCAAGGAAUAAUGGGGUUGAAUUUUGGCAGGGAGUGAGUUUGAAAGUUUCUUUCGUUUUGAAGUGCGAAAUGCCCAACUACCGCUUCUAUCUUCUGCAGAGCAGGAGUCCGGAAUCCAGCCUUAGCUCUUAGCUUUUAAGCGGACAUUCGGUCUUCUCUGAAAAACAACUAACCAAAUCUCCAAUACCACAGUGGGCAGACGACGUAGACUUCGACAAAAAAACUAUCAAAGUAGAAGAAAAUGCAAUUGAGAGGCCUAAAACCGCAAGUACGACCAUUCAAAAGGUAGGAAAGGGGAAAGUUUUUGAAGUUGGAUAUGAUAAGUUGGUGGUUAGUGUAGGGUGUUAUAGUCAAACGUUUGGAAUUGAGGGAGUUAGAGAAAAUGCGCUGUUUUUGAAGGAUGUGGGAGAUGCGAGGAAGAUAAGGAAGAGGAUUUUGGAAUGUGAGUCUUCUUUUGUCUUUGAAUUUGGGGUUUGGAGUUAUGUUCUUUUGUUUUGGUGAAGGGAAUUGAGGGAGGUAUUGGGAGAGUGGAAGAACGGAAGUGACGUCGCUUCUUAAGGAACCGCUUUUCAAGACUUUUCAUCACAUGGUUUUCUUCCUUAUCUAGAGCGAAGCGAAAAAGCCUCCACGGCAGUGACCCAGCGGAGCGUCAAGAAUGGAAUGGGGUUGAAAGAUUAAGAGAGGAGAUUUAAGUUGGAAUUUUACAUUUACUAAUGUUUAAAAAUAUAGGUUUCGAAACAGCUGCAUUACCAACUAGUUCCGAGUCCCUCAAAAAGCAACUUUUAAAUUUCGCUAUCGUAGGCGGUGGUCGUAAGUUUUUACCUUUUGACCCUCAGUUUUCAUUUCCUUUAUACUUUUCUAACACCUUUUAUCUAGCAACCGGUGUCGAAUUUGCAGCAGAACUCUUCGAUCUCUGUCACGAAGAUCUCUCAACCCUUUACCCCUCUCUAACAUCCUACAUAAAAAUAACCAUCUACGACGUUGCACCUAAGAUUCUCCCAAUGUUUGAUAAAAAUCUCGCAAACUAUGCAUUGGAACAUUUCAGUAGGGAUGGUAUUGAUAUUAAAACCGAACAUCAUAUUUUAGGAUUGAGAAAAGGAUUCCCAAAGGAUAGUCUUGAGGGAGAAAAUGGCCAGGAAGGAGGUAACGGAGAUAUUGGAAAAGGAUUCACAUUAAAUUUGAAGGAAGAAGGUGAUGUGGGUGUGGGUAUGUGUGUUUGGAGUACGGGGUUGAUGAUGAAUCCUUUCAUUGAGAAGGCGUUGAGUUCCGUUCAUACUUUUCCCUCAAAAUCGGCUAUUUUGUCUACGGGCGAGGAGAAGGCAACUAGCGACAAGAGUGAGAGUCCGGAAAACAGGAGAUGGGAAUUAAAAAGAAGUCCGAAAACGGGUGGUUUGAUGGUGGAUAAUUUUUUCAGGGUUAAAUUAGCUACUCGCUCCUUAGCAUCUCCAUCUCAAUCCUCAGUCGAAGAAAAAACCGGACAAGAAGCAAUAAUGAAGGAUGUUUUUGCUCUUGGGGAUGUGGCGGUAUUAGGAGAUAUCGCAUUACCUGCUACAGCACAAGUAGCAAAUCAGGAAGCGAAGUGGUUGGGGAAGAGAUUGAAUGAGAUUUAUGGGUUAGAGAAAGGUCCAGUUAGAGAAAGUGAGGAUAAGGGUUUUACGUUUAAGAAUAUGGGGGUUAUGACCUAUGUGGGUGGUAUGAGGGCAAUUAUGCAGACGGAUGGGAAGGGGGAGAUUAAGGGGUAAGUUGGAGUUUCUUUCUUGAAUUUUGUUGUCGUUUUGAGAGGAAGUUUUAGUGUUGGUGGUGAAGGGACUUGAAAAUGAAGAAUGAACAUGCGCGAAAGAAUCCUAAAGGUGCAGUUGCUAACGAUCUAUCUAAAUAUAGGAGAACAGCAUGGUUAAUUUGGAGAGGUGCAUAUCUUACCCAAACAAUCAGUUGGAGGAAUAAAUUGCUUAUUCCUAUGUACUGGUCAGUAUUUACGAUCUAUAUCCUUCAUUCUCAUUUUCAUUCUUUGUUUCCUUUCAUGUAUGUUUAAAGGAUAUGAAACUAACGGUUAUAGGGUGAUCAAUUGGUUCUUUGGUAGGGAUAUUUCGAGGUUUUAGGAGGGUCUUGAGCGUAGGUUGAAGGGUAGAGGGUGUAGUUUUGCGGUUGUGGAAUGACGGUGGAGAUGAUGGGAAAGGGAUGUAUGCAUUGGUGGAAGAGGGAACGGAAAAUAAUGCGUGGCGUGGUAAUGAAUUUACAUAUUCUAUAUAUCCUUUAAGGCUGUAGUAUAUUAUAUAUUCGUGUAUUUGUAUAUAAGACU